AUGUCAGAUAUUUAUUAUCGAAAAUUACCAUUUGAAUUACUCACUUUUAAUGACGAAAAUAUCGCACAGAAAUCAUUAGAAAAACAUGAUGAUGAAUUUCUUGUAUUAGAUUGGACGGGAAGAGAUCAUGUUUUCAGAGAACAAGAUCCAGUUGAAUCAGACAAACAUUUGGAAAAACGUUUAAACGCUCAAAAGGGAACCGCGAUUGUGAGUCAGUAACGCUCAUUAAAAAAACGCAAGAAACGCGU